AUGGCGGGCAACAAUCGAAUGUCUACAUAUUCCAUGACAUCUUCUGCUACAGGAGCCGCUCGACACUUUCACUCGGCGGGUCAACAGUCAUCUCAAGUAACAGCAACGACACUUUUAAACGCCGUGCACCACAUUUACACAUCUGGUCAACCAUAUCGAUUGGAUGCUAGCAGUAGCUUGGUUGUAAACACUUGGCUAUCUGCUUCACAACCUGAUCGUGAAGGAAGAACGGGAGGUGUAAUAGAUUCAGCCUUGGCCGCACGAGCUUGGGAACAUGCUAGAAGACGUGCGGAAGAUGGUUGUAUCGUUUUAGGUUCUCUUCACGAGUCUACUCCUUCCAUUUUGGCUCCUUUCCUCAACACUCUCCCUCUUACCAUUCCCGACUCAUUAUAUACUGCCCUUGAAGUGUUACGACCAUUUAUUCACUGUGUCUCUCCUCAGAAUCCAUCUACACCUCGACAAUCUGCUCUUGGUGUGACCUUGACUCUUUCACUUGCUGGAAAUCUCACGGCUGCAUCGAUAGCAUUAUCAGAGGGUGGGAUUGAUACCAAAAAGGGGCUAUUAAACCUUCCAUCCGAACCAGGAUAUCGAGCUUUCGACGUCUUCUACUACCUCCUCACAUCUGCCUCGACUCCUGCCGAACGAGAAUUCUUGAGCUUAAAGCAAGCUUCGAGUUACGCGCUUCUGGAAAAGUCUGGCACAUAUGACCCUCCAUCGUACCUUCCUACCGCGGAUGAUGCAGCUGCUGCAGACGACUUCAGAGCAUCAUUAAAAGCCAUUGGUAUCAAGGGUGCCGCACACAGAGAUCUCAUCUCAAUAUUAGCAGGACUGUUGAAGCUAGGUGAUACUUUAAGCUUUGUUCUUGAUGGAGAUGCGCUGGAGGAAAUUUGUGAAGAUGUCGGAGGUCUGCUUGGUUUGGAACCCGAGGUUCUCGUCAAGCAAUGCACAACACAAGAGCGAGAAACUUUGAUUGGCGGUCUCUAUGAAGCCCUUGUAGAUUGGGUAAUUUCGAAGGCCAAUGAAGCCAUUGCUAGUGAGAUGACCAGAAUCAAGGACGGGGAUUCUUCCAGCGAAGGGGGGCCAGGAGCUCGCACCCCAAAUACAGAAGACGACAAUGGUGACACUGUUUGCAUAACUGUUCUUGAAAUUCCAGACCCAAAUCUUGGGAAAGCAGCUGCAAUGCGAGGUGUCUUUGACGAUACUCAGGGUAUCAAUGCCGAAAUGAAAGAAGAUGGUGUUGAUGUGGUUUCUGCUGGCUCAACUGUCAUCCGAGAGAUGCAGAAUGCUGUAUCUGAAGUUGCUCCAGAUCUUGGUAUUAUGACUGGACCUUCUGGAAGAGAUCGCGAACACGAGCUUGAGAAGCGUGAGAUCGUAUUGGAGAAGGUUGCCCGUGAAGGAGAAGAUGAUGGUUUCCUCAAGAAGCUUCUGCUCCCAAUCGAGGGACAAGGUAUCAAUCUAGGCCGCAACGGUCGUAUUGAUCUACCUUCCGUCCUUGGCAGCAGUCGUGUCUGGUAUCACUUAUCUAUGCAUCCUACCGACGAUUCACCUGCAGCUCUAGCUUCGCUUCCUUCAACAACUUCGGCUUGGUCCGCGGGUGCUAUCUCACGCCAGCUUCGCGCAUGGCGCUUGCCAGAGUGGGCAAAUCGACGAAACAAGAACUUGGAUUUCACAGCCGAUUUCGAUUUCGAAGAAUUCGUUCAACGAUAUGCCCCCCUUGGGUGUAAGGAUGGGCGUGAUGGCAUUGAAAGCUGGACCAUGGAACGUGGCUGGAGCAAUGGUGAAGUCGUCAUCGGCAAAGAACGGAUAUGGAUCCGCGAAAGUGCUUGGUGGGAAGCUGAAACCAUGCUUGACCUAAAGCCGACCGAAGGGGAGUUCCAAAGUAUGGGCGGUCCCGGAGGCAUGGCAGGCAUGUUAGGAGCCCACGACAUGAAUACAGGAUACUCCUCCAACCCACCAAACGGAAGCGGUUUCUUUGCUGGUCCUAAUAAUGAUCUGGCGCCUCUUGGAAGUCACGAUAAUAUCAUGAAUCGUCAAAGUCAAGUCAACGUAGCUCGGAGUAACCUCGGAGCUCCCACUAUCGCACCAUCAAGGAAUGUCAGUGGUGGUGACUAUGGACUCGGCUUCAAGGGAGAUGAUAUGAGGGGACAGGUUUACUACACCGAUGAGAAUGGAGAAAUGGUGGAUGACCCGAAGCGUCGUAUCUGGGUCGCUACUACCUGGGCUUUCACAUGGUGGAUUCCUUCCUUUCUUCUUUCAUUUAUUGGUCGGAUGAAGCGACCAGAUGUGCGCAUGGCUUGGAGAGAAAAGCUAGUGUUGUGCUUCUUUAUUCUCUUCCUCAAUUGCUUGGUUGUUUUCUGGAUUAUUGAAUUUGGUAAACUCCUCUGUCCAAAUUCUGAUAAAGCAUGGAAUGCGAAAGAAGUCGCCACUCAUCAAGGAGAUGACGAUUUUUGGGUCAGCAUUCAUGGAAAAGUAUACGAUCUUUCCAAGUUCUGGAAGUUGCAGCAUAGUGAUACCUCUGUCACGACAACCUCCGAUGUCAUGCAACCCUUUGCUGGUCUGAACUUGGACGACUACUUCCCGCCACCAUUGAUUGUUGCAUGCCCUGGUCUUGUAACCGACUACACCUUGGUACUACAGGACAACACUACUGCUGAAUAUCCUUCCGGAGUCCAUACAUCUGGCAAUCUUUCCGCAUAUACUUCCAGUAAGCUUUAUGACUGGAAUUGGUAUGCGGACGUGUACACACCUGCAAUCAAAGAGUAUUACCAUGGUGAUCUAGUAGUCAAGAAAAGUACGAUCAAUAGUGAAGGCCAAGACGAUGAACAUUAUUGGGUGAUUCUAAAGGGCAAAAUCUACGACUUCACCAAUUAUUACUACACAUUGGAUCUCUAUGCUGAUCUGGACACUUAUGAAUUCAUUGAUGAUACAAUUUAUCAAAUGGUACUCAGAAAUCCGGGUUUAGAUAUCACGAGUAAAUGGGAUGACAAUUACAAAAGCGCCAAUGCAUCUUAUCAAGUUGAUAUCCUCAAUAACUUGAAUUGCAUGAACAAUCUGUUCUAUGCAGGCAUUCCCGAUUUUCGAGAUUCCAUUAAAUGUCAGAUCAACAACUACAUCCUUCUUGCCUUCACAAUUAUGUUGUGUAGUGUUAUUGUCAUCAAGUUCGUCUCUGCACUGCAAUUUGGUUCGAAGCGACGUCCAACUCCUCAAGACAAGUUUAUCAUUUGCCAAGUUCCAGCAUAUACCGAAGGUGAAGACUCAUUGCGUAAAGCUUUGGACUCUUUGACAGCUUUACAAUACGAUAAUAAAAGGAAGCUCAUCUGUGUCGUUUGUGAUGGUAUGGUUGUAGGAGGUGGUAAUGAUCGCCCUACACCAAAGAUCAUCCUCGAUAUUCUUGGUGUAGAUCCCAAGAUCGACCCUCCCGCCUUACCGUUUAAAUCCGUCGGAGAUGGCAACGAGCAGCUCAACUAUGGUAAGGUAUACUCAGGCCUAUAUGAAUUUGAAGGAAAUGUGGUCCCAUAUAUUGUAGUGGUCAAGGUUGGCAAGGAAUCCGAGCAAUCCAAGUCGAAGCCCGGUAAUCGUGGAAAACGUGACACUCAAAUUCUUCUUAUGAGCUUCCUCAAUCGCGUCCAUCACAGAGCACCCAUGAACCCACUGGAGUUGGAAAUGUUCCAUCAAAUCAACAACAUUAUUGGCGUGGAUCCAGAGCUUUACGAAUAUCUACUCAUGAUUGAUGCCGAUACCAGUGUAAGGGAAGACUCGCUGAAUCGUCUCGUGGCUGCCUGUUCCAAUGAUGGUAAAAUCGCCGGUAUUUGUGGUGAGACCAAUCUCGAAAACGAGGAACGUUCUUGGUGGACGAUGAUUCAAGUUUACGAAUAUUUCAUCUCGCAUCAUUUGGCAAAGGCCUUCGAAUCUCUAUUCGGAAGUGUCACUUGUUUACCUGGUUGUUUCACUAUGUAUCGUCUACGUACCGCUGAUAAAGGCAAACCAUUGAUUAUCGCUGAUGCCAUCAUCAACGAGUACAGUGAGUGUGUUGUUGAUACUUUGCACAAGAAGAAUCUUCUGUCUCUUGGAGAGGAUCGGUUCUUAACUACAUUGAUGACCAAGCACUUCCCAUAUAUGAAGUACAAGUUCAUUCCAGAUGCAUAUGCCAGUACUGCCGCGCCUGAAACCUGGAGUGUUCUUCUGUCUCAGAGAAGACGUUGGAUCAAUUCUACCAUCCACAAUCUAGCUGAGUUGGUCUGGCUUCCUGAACUGUGUGGAUUCUGUUGUUUCAGCAUGAGAUUCGUUGUCUUCAUCGAUCUCUUCGGUACAAUUAUUCUUCCUGCAACCACAGUCUAUCUAGCAUAUUUGCUGUACAAAGUCGGAACGCAUCAAGGUCAAUUCCCCCUCAUUUCGAUUUGUAUGAUUGCUGGUACAUAUGGUUUACAAGCUUUGAUAUUUAUUCUCAAACGUCAAUGGCAACACGUUGGGUGGAUGAUUAUUUAUAUCCUUGCGUUCCCAAUUUACUCUUUCGUUCUACCCAUCUACUCAUUCUGGAACCAAGACAACUUCUCGUGGGGUAACACACGUAUUGUCCUGGGAGAAAAGGGAUUUGCAAAGGUUGUGGCCGUGGAUGGCGAAACAUUUGACCCAAGAAGCAUUCCUCUUCAACGAUGGGAUGAUUACGCUUUACACAACAACCUUCCAGGACGUCGCGGAGUAGCAGUUGAAAAGGCAUAUGAUACAUUCGAUGAUCAAUACGAAAUGGAUGACAUGAAAUCCAUGUACUCAUCUGUCAAGCCAGCCUCCACUAUUCUAACCGGUUUCCCUGGUCGCGGUCCAUAUAUGCCUCCUCAAUCUACUUAUUCCGCAAACCAAUACACCGACCACCCUCUCCGCAAUCAAUCUGCAAUGUCUCUUCGCCAAGAUCAUUCCGCCUCGCCAUAUCAAGACUACCCUGGCAACAAUCGUCCUUCGAUGCAGAUGAUGUCUUCCGACAAUCUUCUCGGUGGCGGUCAAGGGCGACAUCAAUCACGAUCUUCGCUAGGCUUCACAGGUGGUGCUCGUUCGCCUUUAGCAGGAGCUGCGAUUGAUAGACCUGCUAGUGGAUUUGAUUUCCAAAGGGGUACUGCCGGUCCAGAUGAUUUGCAGAUUGUAGAGGCUAUUCAAAAUUGUUUGAGGGAGGUAGAUCUAGACAAUGUUACGAAGAAACAGGUUAGAGCUUUGGUCGAACAAAGGUUGCAGACUGAGUUGGUUGGUGAGAGGAGGACGUUUUUGGACAGGAGUAUUGAUUCUGAAUUAGCUGCUAUGUAG